CAAAGCGGGGGUUUCAACUUUCUACGAGUCUGAAACUUGUUCCUCAAGUAUAAAAGGUGUCCCAAGGAAUCUCUCUAUAAUAUAAAGUGAAAGCGAUGAAGAAAACCCAAAUUAUCUGUUCGAUUUUAUUGGUUUUCUCCUUUGUUGCAGCUACCAUAUCAAUUGCGGAUUCACAAGCAAAAGUAUAUAUAGUUCAUACUGAGAAUCCUGAAGAUCAAGAACCUGAGGAAUUCCAUAUCAAAAUUUUAGCUUCCGUUCUUGGCAGUGAGGAUGCUGCAAAGGAAGCUUUGAUUUAUAGUUACAAGCAUGCAGCUAGUGGGUUCUCUGCCAAGCUGACUCCUGAGCAAGUUUCUGAGCUUAAAAAGAAACGUGAGGUUUUGCAAAUUGUCCCAAGCCGAACACUCCAAAUAGACGGAAUAGAGCAUAUGUGAAAGCCAACUCCAGUGACCCUAUCACCAAAACGACUUACCUGUAUAUAUAUAGAGAGAGAGACUCAUGAUCUACAUGUAGUGUAUGCCAUGUGUUUAGGGAAGUUUACUUGGUGAUAUUAUGCAUAUGCUUAAAUAAAUGAAAUGAAAGGUGAACCUUCUCCUUGUCCUUGUAUCUAUGCUUUUGAUGUGUGGAGCACUCUGUUGACUGUGCCAUCUUUUGCACCAUCAUAUUCUGAUGAGCUCUAAUCAUCUUCUGCACACUUGA